AUGCGAAGCUGUUUGAACGCAUCGUCAUCGGGAAGCGGCGUUCUCUCUGCGAGCAGAAACACGACGACGACGACGACGACGACAAAAAAUGCGAUGUUGGAACGACGAAAGAGUAUGACAACGACACCGACGUUUCCCCGACGAAUGAAUAACGCAAGGAGGAGGAGGAGUUUUUUUGCGUCCUCGGUGUCGAAAGGAUUAGGAGGAGGAGAUGCUUCAAACGCGUCUUCGAUAGCGUCGUCGGCGCAAGAACGAUUAUUGGAAGAGGAAGGAAAGUUUCUUCUCAAAAACGAAGUCCUCACAACUUUGGAAAAAGGGUUAUCGUACGAAAUCAGAACCGGGUGUUUAAACGCGAGAGGGAAAAAGUACAGCAAUUUUGAAGAGUUUUUAACCGCGCAGUUGACGCUGUUGAGCGAGGACGCCGCGGUGAAGAACUCGGUAAAGUCGAGCGCGAUGGUUCGAAGGAUGAAGGAGGAUGGAGUUUUAUACGGACGGUUACCGGCAAGCGAACGCGAGAGGAUGUUGACGAACAUGAAAGGGGCGCUGCCGAUUGUGUUGGCAGAGGUUUCGAGUAACGCGAGUGAUUCAAAGGGUACGAGGAACGACGAGAGAAGCGCGAGUGGGAACGAAAGUAGCACGAGUGGUGGUGGUCUUAAUGGUAGCGCUCAAGUUGUCGCCGGGUGGCAGCCGCCGCCGAGCGCGAAAAGAACCGCAUCGUCACCACCUUCUUCUUCUUCUUCUUCUUCUUCUUCUUCCUCCUCCACCUCCUCUUCAUCUUCUAUGAAGAGCUUAGGGGUGUUGUCUUCCUCAACCGUGCGAAAGGAAACGUCAUCUUCCGUGGCAUCGAAACAACCAAUCGUCGAAGAUGUAAAAGAUAAGAAAAUGCCUACGGUUAUUGUAUUCGAUUUAGAAACGACCGGUUUAUCUAAAGAACGCGAUCGUAUCGUUGAAAUCGCUUGCGUGGAUUUGUCCGACGUGACGUCGGCGGCCUCGGUGGCGGGAGAUGGAACAGAUAUCAAAAAUUUUCAAACCUUAGUGAACCCGGGAAGAUUUUCUAUCCCGUCGCACGUUCAAAAACUCACCGGCAUCACGAACGCGAUGGUAUCCGCGCCAGAUAUUCCGAGUUUUCAAAUGGCUGCCGAACGAUUCGAAGCGUUCAUCGAAGCCGCGCGAUUGAAAAACAAAGAAUCUGGGGACGGCGCGUACAGCGGCGAAGUUUUGUUAGCCGCGCACAACGCGAGGCAAUUCGACAGUUCGUUUUUACAGAGAGAGUAUUGGAGACUUGGCCGCGAAAUGCCUUCGCACUGGCGGUUUUUAGACACUUUACCUUUAUCUCGAUCCGUUUUGAAGAAAUCGGGAAAUACAAAGUUCACCUUAGAUGCUUUGAGAGAACACUACGAGAUCACCAUCAACGAAGGCGACAUGAUGCACCGAGCGUUUACAGACGUUAAGGUGCUUUCUAGAAUUAUUCAUCAGCUUUUAGCGGAUAACGAGAGAGCAAACACUCGCUUCUCGGAGGAUAAAGUAGGAUUGUUAGAUUCGUAUUCGUUUUCGCUCGGCGAUCCGGGCGCGGGAUCUUUGAAAAGGCAAAUCGCCGCCGCGACGUCGUCGACGACGGGCGCACCGGCCAAUCAACCGUGGUUUUCGGGAGGUACCACGAGAACGUCCACUGGUGGCAUUGCCGAUGCCGUGGACGCGUGGGAAAACGUCCGCGCCAUGAGCGGCGAAGACUUUGGCGUCGACGAAGAUUUCAACGGCGGAGACGACGAUUCUUCCUCAAUCAUGUACAACUUAAAGCAACAAAACAAGGAGGAGUCCGAGGAGGCGAAAACCAGAAAUCGUUUAAAGCGACCGUUUUGGGCGCAAGCUGAUCCAAUCAACGGAUUUGCGCCACCAACGCUCGAUUUUGCAAAGCUUUCGACCACGGACGAGAACGAUGAUAAAGAUCUCCGGGCGCUUCGCAACGACAUAGACGCGUGGAAAGAGACGCCAAUUCGAGAGGCGUUCGGCGCAGGAUCUUCCUACGAACUGGACGAGAAAACUUUGAAAGCGCUAGAAACUGAAGGCGUGGACACCGUGGAGGCUAUUUUGCGCGUAUGUCCGCGAAAAUACCAAGAGUAUUCGCCCAUGUCCAACGAUUUGCGACCUGGCACGUCGGUUUCCUUACUCGGCCGCGUCGUCGGCGUCCAAGUUGCACCGUUUACUCGUGGGAGGUCGAGGCAACCGAACGUGAUUACGUUGGAAACAGUGAAAACGUCCGAAACCAACGAGGCUAGCGAAGGAGAGGGUUGGGGCAAAAGUCCGCAACGGUUCAAAGUGAAAAUUUGGGAGUACUUGACCAAAGACGUCAAGAGUUCGUUGACGCGAGACGCGAUCGUAAAAGUGCGAGGAACUUUAGGCAAUUUUACUGGUUCUGAAUUUUCCGUCGAGUCCGCAAAAAUUCUAACCGAUGCUCAAGAUGUCACGCCAAUCGGCGAAGCCGGCGAAGUCGUCGCCACGUACGCCAAGAAAGCGUCCAUGACGAACGAAGAGUGGCACAAAGCUAUCCCUCGCGCGCUUGAGUUUUUCUUGAAGAAACUCAAAGGCGAUCCGUUGGAAGUCUCUUUGGGUAAAGAAAACGCUUUGUUGAAAGAGUUACAACUGGUUUCGCACGCGGAAGCCGUCGCGAGCAUUCACGCGCCGGCAACGGUGGAACAAGUCGCUCGCGCGAGAGAACGCUUAGCGUUUGAGGAGCUUUUGAUUUUACAAGUUCAAUUAAUGGGUGAACGUAAGCGCUUACAAUCGUUAGCCGCGGAGAACGAAGGCGAAGGCGAUAAGGAAGGUAUUUCCAUCGUUUCUACGCACUUGUGCGAUCAACUUCGCAAAGAGCUCUCGUUUUCCUUGACGAGGUCGCAAGACCAAGCGUUGGAGGAGAUUUUAACCGACAUGGCCGGUCCGGCGCCGAUGUUGCGCUUACUCCAAGGCGACGUCGGGUGCGGUAAGACCGUCGUUGCCGCGUUGGCGUUACUCGCGGCGGUGGGAGCUGGACACCAAGGCGCACUGAUGGCCCCGACGGAAGUCUUAGCCAAUCAGCACUACAAAACUUUAUCGGACUUGUUGAGAGAAAUGGGCCCGGAUGCGCCAAAGUGUGAAAUCAUCACCGGGAGUACGAAGCAAAAAGAGUUGAAACUGAUUUACGAGAAGAUUGAAUCUGGAGAGAUUUCCAUCGUCGUCGGCACGACUUCGUUAAUCAACGAAAAUGUAAAGUUCAAAUCGCUCGGUUUAGCCGUCGUCGACGAGCAACACCGCUUCGGCGUCAACCAACGCGCCAAACUCCUCUCCAAAGGUGGGGAACCGCCGCACAUGUUGACCAUGUCUGCGACGCCCAUUCCUCGAACGUUAGCGAUGACUAAGUUCGGUGAGAUGGCGCUAUCUGUCAUCGAAGAGAAACCCGCCGGUCGUUUACCAAUCUAUACGAAAGUUCUCGACCCGUCUGAACACGAAAUCGCGUUCGAAGCCAUCCAAGAAGAGACGCAAAGAGGCGGUCAGGCGUACGUCAUCUUGCGUUAUGUCUCGGACAAAGACACGGAGAAGAACCAGACCAAAGGCGCGGAGGAAGAAUUCGAGCGUUUAAAGCUCAGACUUCCAAGCGUCAAGUUCGGUCUCUUACACGGCCAACUCUCCUCGGAGGAGAAACAAAACGCUCUGGAUCUCUUCGCCAAAGGCGAAACGCAAUGUCUCGUCGCCACCUCCGUCGUCGAAGUCGGCGUGGACGUCCCAAACGCUUCUUUGAUCGUCAUCGACGCCUCUGGUGGCGGCGGAUCUGGAGGUUUCGGUCUCGCCGCUUUGCACCAACUCCGCGGCCGUGUCGGUCGCGGCUCUCGUCAGUCCCGGUGCUUCCUCUUAAACACGCCGAACCCGGACGAAGAUCGCGAAGAACGCGCUCGCGACCGCCUCACCGUCCUCGAAAAAACCAACGACGGCUUCCGCGUCGCCGAAUCAGACUUACAACUUCGCGGUGCCGGCGAUCUGUGGGGUUCCAAACAAUCCGGAAACAGCGUCGAGUUAUUCCACGCGAGUUUAGCGACCGAUUUAUAUUUACUCGAAAGCGCUCGCAAAGCCGCCGCGGAACUCGUCGCGGCGAGCGAAGUCGAAGCAGCGCCGACGACGGCGAUGAUGAAAUCCUUACUCCCCGCGCCCGUGCAAAUCGCGUUGGAGAAGAGGGCGGUCGUCGAUUUGAGUUUAGAGGCGAAGUUUUGA